AUGGUUCAGAAGAUGGCGCGGCACGGCAAGGAGUCCACUGGACGGUCACAGAUCCUCUUGGCUCGGUCUCGACCCACGUGGCAGCUGUUCUCGGCGUGCGCCUUUACAGUACUUGUACUAUGCUACUUUGCUCGAAGCACCAGAUUUGGCUUGAAUCACGGUCCGGAUCUGCCACUCCGACGCCUAGCCAUACGUGAGCUUGACAACUUGCCUUCUGGUAUUCGCAGACCUCCUCAGGCCCCACAGCUCUUCAAUGAUAGUCCAGAGACCAUCGAGGAGAAAGCGAAGAAGUCUAUUGCCAGUGAAAAGCAGAUCGUAGACGAUAUCGUCAAGAAGACUGCAGUCGCUAAUGCGACAUUUGAAAACACCAUCGUCCCAUUUACUGAGCAGUUUGACCAGGCCGAUGGUCUGACAUCCUUUUGGGACGUAUACCUCGCAGUCUCGAACGACACGAAGCUUCAAGAGGCAGUACAAGCAGUUCUGCCGAACUUCACCAAGGCUUCGCAAGAGACAUACCUCAAUGAGGAGUUUUUCAAGUUGGUGGAUACCGUCUUCCAGAAGCAGAAAGAUGACCAAACACUUAACGCAGAAUCUCGCAAGCUGCUAGCCGGUAUUCGCGGGGACUUCAUCGAUUCUGGUGUCAACCUUCCGGCUGGAAAGAAGCGUGAUCGGUUCCGAGGUGAGGAUCAAAAGCUCGCCAAGCUGGCCAAUGACUUUGAGAAUGCCAUCACAGCCGAUCAGACUGCGCUCUGGUUCACUGUGGAAGAGCUUAACGGCAUUAACCCUGUGGUGUUGAAGGAUCUGGAAAAGGGUGAAGGCGAGCACGAGGGCAAGCUGAAAGUUGUAGUGCAAUCUCCAGAAGCGGGCGGGUGCAACAUGGACUGCAGCAAUGCCACUACACGACAGCGGUUGUCGAUCGCCGGCACCAAGCUGGCUCCCAGCAACGUGGACAGGCUGAAGCAAAUCAUCGUCACCCGAGACGACCAAGCACGAUUGCUUGGCUACCCCAACUAUGCAACGUGGGCGAUCAAAGACAACAUGGCCAAAACGCCAAAAGCAGUGGAAGAUCUCUUGAACAAGGUGCAAAGCAGACUAUCACUAGCUGCCGACCAGGAUGCGGAGCGCCUGAAAGCCUACAAGAAGAAAGAUACUGGCAAAGCAGAAUUCCUUUUUCCAUGGGAUGGUUCCUACUACGGCAAAAUCUCGACUGCAAAGGAAUUUGGGACCAACCCGGACUUUGUGAAAGAGUUCUUUCCUGCUGUGCAGACCUUGCGGAAAGUGCUAGAUCUGUACUCAAAACUGUUCUCGCUCAAGUUCGUCAGAAUCCAGGGCAAGGAUGGAGACGCGCUGUCACCUACUGGCAAGGCCGGCGAUCUCUUGUGGCACCCAGAUGUGGAGCUGUAUGCAGUGUGGGAGGGCAAAGGCGAUGAUUUCGUUGGCUACCUCUACCUCGAUGUGUUCUACAGAGAAGGCAAGAGGGGCAGCGCCUUCAUGAUGCCAGUGGUACCUGGUUACGAAACGAAGGAUGGAAAGCGACACUACCCAUCGGCCGGACUAGUGACUAACAGCAAGAAGGCCGGCGACGAUGCAGAUAUUCCAUCCUUGAUGUACAGAGGUGACGUGGAGAAUUUACUCCACGAAGCAGGCCACUGCAUGCAUCAAUUGACCUCCAAGACCCAAUACAGCCGUUUCCAUGGCCCCAUCGGCUGUCCUACCGACUUCCUUGAGCUCCCGUCACAGAUGAUGCAGAACUGGGCUUGGGUCCCUGCUGUUCUGAAAUACUUCAGUCAUCAUUACACCUAUCUCUCGAAGAAAUACUUGGACGCUUGGACGAAAGCCAACAAAGGCAAGAAGCAGCCUCCUAAGACCUUGCCGGACUCCUCGACCGACUCUAUCAGGAGAUCCAAGACCUCGUACGCCGCAGUGGGCACCCUUGGACAGUGGGGUCGAGCAAUAUACGACCAGAGAAUCCAUCGACCGGGCUCUCCUCAGGAUGUCAAAGCCAUCGAUGUCACGAAGCUGUGGAACACGAUAAGAUUCAACGCUACCAGAACUGACAGCCCUAGGGUCCUCGGUCUCGAUUCUGGCCACGGCGAGAGCACGUUCUCGCACCUCGUGGGGUUAUAUGGAGCUGCAUAUUACAGCUAUCUUUGGAGUCAAGUUUACGCUGAGGAUGUCUUUUACACCGCGUUCGAAAAGGAUCCAUUCAGUGCCGAGACCGGGUAUCGAUGGAGGAAGACGGUGCUGGAGCCAGGAGGUACCAAGGACUUCUUUGAGAUUCUGAAGGAGUUCUUGGGAAGGGAGCCGAAUGAUGAGGCUUUCUUUCGCGAUAUUUUUGAGGCUUGA